AUGCAUAAAAACUCAUCGAGACGUAGGAGUCAGAAGGAUGAGAAGCAGAAGAAGAAGGGGGAGGGAAGCUGCUCGAGAAGCACGGCGUCGUCCCAUCCGGCCACAGGCAUCUACUCGACGGACCUCUUCUCGGACUCUGCGUACACGUACUCAAGCUCCACCUAUUCGAAGAAGGUCGUCGAGGAGAAUGGAAAACGUUCGGAGACGGAAGAGUACGAUUCCAUGGAAGAGUAUGAGGUGGACUUCCCGCCGGUCGAGCUGAAAAUGCCACGUCAUCGGAGACACAAUCAUCACUCGAAACGAAGAAAUGAGCAGGCCGCGAUCGCUUCGAAGAGUUUGGACAGACGGGGAGUGUACGAGGAGCUGCCGAGCGGAAGGUGAGAUUAUUUGGAAGGCAAAAUGAUCUGCAAUCUAUUCCAGUUCCAGCGCGCAUUCCAACCGCACUUCCUCGUUCUACUCCCCCUCCAUCGCUUCCCAAUCAUCGACCUACCAGUCCUACAACUCGCAGAAUCGCCUGCAAUCCAUCGGAAACAUCUUCUCCUCGCUCAUCGGCUUCUUCCAGAACAAUCCGGUAGAUAUGCUUCGCCCUUUUUCUCUGAAUUAUAAUCGAAACUGUUCAGAACAUGACAAAGUUCCUGCUCGGAGUCACUCUGUGCUACGUGGUCGUGUGCAAUCUGGAGAUUCUGAUUCCCAAAGUCAUUUCGAUGAUCGUGCGACUCCUGUAUCCGUGGGCUCGCUACUCCGCAGUCGUCGCCGAGCAGUUCUUCAGCACCAUCGCCAAUGUGUUCACUCGAAUGGACGCUGUCAUUUAUGUACCUUUUCCCCUCUGGUUUCAUACAAUUUCAGUGUUCUGUUUUCAGGCGACGUACUGCGAGUUCGCCGCCAAGUACUGCCGUUCCCGCCGUCUCAUGUGUGACGUCACGUGCUCGUUCGUCGACCACGUGCUCUCCCAGUCUCGCCCGAAUCUCGCCCCGAUCCCUCAGAACUGA